AUGAGGUCGACUCUCGCCUUCGCAGCUCUCGGUUUGGGAGCCUCAGCGUCCGCCAUCGUCCCUCACAUCUUGCCUCGAGGAGGUGGGGAUGAAUGCUGCUUCACUUUGACGGCCCACGGCCCGCCCAUAGACAAAGGACCCAGCGGCAUCCUCGGGCAACUCAGCGACGGACAGAACCGUGUCGGUGGCAGGCUUCCUGUUGGUAUCUACUGCCUCAAGGACGGCAACAUCAUCGACAAGAGCAUGCGUGGGUGCAUCCUGACGCCUCCGACCACGCAGUUCCAAUGUGAUGAGGGAGCCGCUCCAACCCCCGGCUUCGGCAUUAGCUGCAACGGCCAGCUCAACUUUAAGGGCAGUGAAACCUUCUGGGCCUGCCCCGUCAACGACGAUGGAGAGUGGAAUGUCUACACUCUACCGGCUCCCGGGCAGGCCAAGUGCAAGCAGAUCACGCUGACUGUCAGCGGAAGUUGCACUCCUGUUUGCAAGCCGCCACCACCUGUCAUACCUCAGCCGCUGCCAUAUCCAGUCAAGCCCAACCAUUGCGGCGGUGGAGAUCACAAGUGCCCAUCCAAGCCUAGCGAGUGCGAGGGAGAGCACGGGUGUCACUCCAGGCCUGGCAAGUGCGAGGGAGGGCACGAGUGUCAUUCCAGGCCCGGUAAGUGCGAGGGAGAGCACGAGUGUCAUUCCAGGCCCGGCAAGUGUGAGGGAGAGCACAAGUGUCAACCCAAGCCCAGCAAGUGCAAAGGAGAGCACGAUUGUCAGCCCAAGCCCGUGUGCCACGACAAAUCCAAGUGCGGCGAUUGCCCGGCCAAUCUGAAGGGGCCGUACGAGUUUCCUCACCUUAUCAUCCCUGUCGAUAGCAACCACCCAGACAUGUACUCUGGCACCAGACUGAAUGGCACCGUCUCCGGUACCAUCUGCUCUGCAUUCAACUUCGACGUACGUCGAGAACAUGCCGGCAAAACCUGUUCUCUCAUCUUCCUCUUCCCCGAACAGUACCAGCUGGAGACAAGUGCCUUCGAGCUGAAAGGCCACGGCAAGCUCCGGUUCUUCAAGCUCGAAAAGCCUGUCACCACACAAACUACUUGGAACUCUCUCCCAGGAAGAACCUUCAUUCAUAGCGUCCCCGCUGUCCCCGGUACCCAGUCCGUCAUCAUGACGUUUGCCUGCCCUGCUGCUGAGAAGGUGUCCUUCCUUAUGUGUGGUAAGGGUAUCUACUUCGACUACUUCCAGGAUUUCAACCCGGCACCCAUUGGCCUAUACAUUCGCCAGUGCUGA